AUGGUACUAAUUCUGUACUUCGCAUGUCUGCUCUCAUGGUUGCUGCACAUUCGAUUCGAGGAAAUGCCAACGCGCAUAGCUAUUGAGAAUCAAUACGAGCCCAUACUAAACGUUACAUUUCCAGCUAUCACAAUAUGCACUCCAAAUCAGAUAACUAUUAGUGCCAUGAAGCACUUUAACAGAACUCUUGUAGACGGUAACAGAACUCUUGACUUAUCAAGUAUUUUACCACAGCUAUUAGGAUUCUACGAAUUAGUUGGAGACUUGAGCAAAGAUGAUCUAAUCAGCUUACAAAAUUUAAUAACGCUCAAUCGAUACCAUUCUCUGGAAGUAAUGGGUAUGUUGCCACAAAGCUGUGACGAUUUCCUUAAGUUGUGCUAUUUUAAGGGAAAGCGAUAUCCAAAGUGCAAAGAUCUCUUUGAUCUCAUACUGACGAAACAUGGAAUGUGUUGUAUAUUUAACAGUAUUUACCAUUAUAGAAAAACGAAAGGAAAUGAGAGAAAGUUUGAUUUUAAACCAAGAACAACAUCGAAUACGGGUAUUGGUGAAUCUUUGACUAUAGUCACGGAUUAUAAUCCCGGUGACGCUCUCAUGAGGACUAUUCUCAAUGCUGGGUCCAUUCGGGUAAUGUUUACCGAUUGGACAGAGUUUCCCGCAGACGAUGAAUCAAACUUGGUGCCUCCUAAUUCAGAGUCUUGUCACCUUAUGUAUCCUAUAUACACGUACUGCUCCGAGGACGUGAUGACUCUUCCUUCCUGGAGUCGUAAAUGCUACUUUCAAGACGAGUAUCAGCUGCCACAUUUCCGGAAAUAUCACAACUCUGACUGCGAUCUCCUGUGCCACGUAAACGAUCUGGAGCGUCUGUGUGGCUGUACCGUGGCAUACGUGCCCAAUGUCAGACAAAGCCGCGUCUGUAACCUAACCAACAUCGAUUGCAUUGUGAAAGCUAAGAGUAAGUUAGUGUUACGAUGACAAUUUAAUUGGCACCGUUCCCAACGCUGUGAUUGUCCUCGUGAUUGUGUGUCUAUAAGCUAUCGGGUCGAGAUGAUCAUCGGCAACCUCGACGCACUACCUCAUUUGAUGGUCGACCCCUUGUAA